AGGCCCAUGGCGGCGGCGGCGCUGGACGUGUGGGAGGCUGCGGCUCCGCGGAGGAGGCGCUCCAGGGCGCGGCCACGGCAGACGGCAGCGGCGGCCCCGAGUCCCGAGGAGGCGCUCGGGGCAGACCCGGGAGUCGUGCUUCGUCGCCUCCGGGAGGCUGAGGCGGACCUGCUGCUCUCUGACUUCUGGAGUUCAGCGCUAGAAACUGUCACGAGCUGUCUUAGAAAAAUUCGGGAGCAACUGGAGGCCCCCACAGGGACUCUGUCUGAAGCCCUCGGAAGGCUGUGUCUGGCCUCACCUCCAGAUGGCUCGGCACCUGCAGACAGUUCAGCCCUGGACGCCUGCCAGGUCAAGUGUGUGUGUUACGGCCUCGGCAACUUUGCCACCUGCGUCAUAGCUCGGAGCCAGCUGGCCUUCUUGCUUCUCCUCCUGGAAAAGUGCCAGAUCCCCAGGAGUCACUGCUGGGUGUACGACCCUCUGUUCAGCCAACUCGAAAUUGCUGUUCUGAGCAGCCUUGGCAUGAUUGUUCUCCGUGAGAACGAGGAAGGAAAGCGGAGCGUGGCCGGCGAGCCCACCCUCUUUUACAUGCCGCACUGUGGGACUGCCUUGUACAACAACCUCCUGUGGAGGAACUGGUCCGUGGAUGCGCUGUCCCGGAUGCUCGUCAUGGGCAACAGCUUCAAGGGCCUGGAGGAAAGGUUGUUGACGAGGACUCUGCAAAGGAGUUACCCCUACGUUGCCAAGAUCCUGAAGGGGCUGGAGGAGCUGGAGCUGACCCAGACCGCACGGUACAUGGACACCUUUAACGACACUUCGGUCCACUGGUUCCCCAGGCAGAAGCUGCAGCAGCUCCCUGCGGAAACCUGGGUGUUCCAGGAGGAGCCAGAUUACCAGGACUGUGAGGACCUGGAGAUCAUCAGGAGCAAGCCACCAGAGCCUGCAGGUGCGAGAUGAGGCAGGGGCCUGCCACCCUUCGUGAGAACAGGCAACGCCUCCGCAAGGCCGUCCUGUUCCAAGGACAGCACACCGGGCGAGAGCCUGGCACACGGCGAGGCACUUCUGGAGGCCGGGCAUGACAGACAGCGUCCAACACAGCAGGUCCUGCAUGUCCCUCUGGUCGCAGCCUCUGGCUGCAGCGGGCCGGCCACUGUCUACUUGGCCAUGUCGAUGAGGCUCUGCAGGGAGGUGGGCACCCAGGUCUUCUCGCCCUGCACGAAGACCACCCCGCGGUCGAUGUAGAUGACGAUGCGGCCGAAGGUAUACACCUGCUUGCCCUCGUGCCGCUUGCCGAUGACAGGCAUGAAGACGAUGUUGUGCUCGUCGGCCUUGGUCUCGAUGAGGUCCUUGAAGUUCGUGGGAACAGAGCUGGCCGCCGCCCCGAUGCCCCUCUGGGCCAUGUUCUCAGCCUCGCGCCGCUCCUGCAUGGCCUCGUACUGGAAGUCCUUCCUCCGCUCCGUGUGGGUGAGGUAGGCGAUGUUCUCUCGCGCACCAGGCUGCAUGUAGGCGCCUGCAACAGAGAAGGCAGAGAUGGAUGCCCUGAUCAGCCAGAGCACCGACUCGCCGAGGGCAGCUCGGCCUCAAAGACACGAAGACACAACUGACAGGCAGCUCUGGGGGUGACAGUGGGGAGAGCAGGCACAUAGCUGGCCAGUGUCACAAACACAUCUAAUCCCAAAGAAGCGGAGCAGUUAGGGCGCGUCCUGCAGAAGAGCAAACUUGCACAGGACAGUUCUCUGUUCAGGGCUAGACCGGUGUAGUUUCAGGUUGUUCACACAGCCCCCUGCCCAGGAAGGAUUUACAACAUAUUUGGGGAGCUGUGAGUUUUAGGGGGCAGGGCAGGACUGCAGAUGCCAAGUGCUGAGGAGCAGAGAGCAGCACAGGAAUGCAGGGCCUGGGGUGGCUGACCACAGGAGGUGGCCAUGGUCCUUGAAGGCCUGGACAAGUAGGAAGACUUGUGACUGCCCUAUUAAACACAGCGUGUAUUUAUAUAA